UUUCGUUGCGUGCGGUACGAAAAGCGGAAAACUUUUACACGGUGCUAAUUGAAAAAACAAUGUGUUGGUAGAAUUAAUGGGAAACUUCUGACAUGGUUUUCAAUUUGAGUGAACUAAAAAAUGGGUGCGAAUGUUAUGAAAUUGCAAGCUGUGCUUACGAUUUUUUUUUGUAUUUAAAAAUUGUGCAGAACUAGAACUAGAGAACUAGCGCAUGGCAAGCGAUGCUUACUUAAGUAACUUGUGUGUGUAGUACUUGGUGAAACGCAGUCGUGUAAUUUGCUGUUACUUCCCAGCUUCAAAGUCGAAUGUCGGUAUCGGCCACACGGUUUGCCACGGAUCGGUGAAUGUUUGAACAUACAAACGUAAAUAUGCACGUACGUCUAUGACACAGCUUGCAAACUGUCGCAGAUAGAAAAAUUAUGCCAUUCAAUGUAAGGAACAAAGACUAAUGUGUUUUAUGUGCCCUUAAAACCUUUGAGCAGCAACGUCUGAUAAUCGUACCGACGGCUACGGUGGAAAUGGUGAAAAAUCUACUAUCCAAAAUAUACACGGAAUAACUUGAAAAGUCGUGAGAAAUAGAAAAUAAAAUGGUGAAUACUCCGGCGACCUUCAACAUAAUAAAAAGGCAUUUGUGAACAUUUUAUAAACCAUACUCAAGGCAAAAAAUUAAUGCAAAUCCAAGUGCUUACAGCUUAAUUGAAAAUAUCGAAUGUGCACAUACAAGCAUCCAUUAAGAAUAUCUGGUGUUUGACAACUCAUUCUAACUUAAUGCUGAUUGAAUUGAAUAAUAAAAAUCUUCAUAAGUGCAAAUGGCAAUGUACAAUGAAAAAUAAAAAAAAAUUUAAUAUAAAAACUGUGUCGUAAAUCUGCAGUACCAUACCAUAUAUGUAUCGAUCAAAUAUGCAAGACAAGCUUUUGUUGCGCGCAUAGCUAAAUAAACUUUGUGUGUCAUAAAAGUUUUUCAAUUACAGACACAGUGAAAUCCUACCAAGGAAGAACAAUAAAAGUCUCUUCGAGUGAAAGGGCUAUUUCGCAACUUAAAACGUCUAUUCAAUCAGAAAACACUUAGUGAACCAAAGCAAAACUGGAAAAUGGUGCCAGCAUGACAAGCUACCCGAACAAAGCAAGCACUAACAACACUGAGAGUUCGAGCUUUCAUUCCAACAUCAUUCGAGCUUUCACCGCCAAAUUUAAGCUUAAAGCUUCCGACCAUUCGCAAAAUCAAUACAAAACCAUGCAUGACGAAUUCCAAAACGCAACACAAGCCAACAAUAAUUCGACUAAUCGAACUUGUCAACCAUCCAUCGGAGAUAACGAAAAACAUUUGGACACGUCGUACGCCGAAGUCCAACCUCCAGAGCUUAUAAUUAACAGCGCCGCCUAUAUUACGCACGGCGCCGAUAACGCAGCCGCUGGCUCACUGCAGCACAGUCUGAGCGUCAUGCCGCCGCCGUAUCGCUAUCCCAGCAGUGAAUCAUCGGCGUCCUUCACGCUAUUGCCGCUUAGUCGACGGCGCUGGUUUCAGCGACAGACUUGCCUGCUCUGUAUUAUGGUCGCAUUCAUCUUCGGCCUGCUGCUUGGCGUCUUCGUGCCAAUGCUUGAUCUUCGUCAUGUAUUUUUAAAUAUGUCAAGUGCGCAAAAAGCGGGGCCGCUUAUAGAGCAUACGUCUCCGGAUAGCUCAAAAAGUUUAGAUAACAAACUUGCGCCGAGCAUAGCCGCUGAUUUGUAUUGGAAACCACUGCCUCGCGACAAGCCACAGCGCAAUCAUACACCGACAGCUACGAUUGGCGAUCUCAGUGUUGGUCCGCUCAGCCCGUUUUCGGUGGCCUUCAUCAGUGACAGACAUGCGAGAGUCAACGCUGAAGAAAUAUUAAGUGACAACGUACAUUUAAGUGCGCAAAGGCGGUCUUCUUUUACGGUGCAUAACAUCAUAGAUAAGCCUCUGGGACAACCAUUAGGCCAAUAUGCUUCGAAACCAAGCACGGCUUUCGACUCUGCCCCCGCUGUUGUGUUAACGAAGCAAACACUCCAACGGCCCACAGUGCAGAAGAAGAAACAUCCGCUUGAGCGCCGCUUGCUGGGCAUCAUUAACUCAAACAUCUUCUGGGGCGAGCAGGUAGAACGCGCCCUACCAAAAGGCUUCAGCGCACAAGACACGCGUGAUUGGAAUGCAUAUGUGACAUCGCCAGCUGUGGUGCAACGCCUCGAACCAGGCUGCGGACGCAUGCAAAACCGCAUGAUGGUCUUCAGCGACGGCACACGCGCUUGUGCGCGAUACCGCCAAAAUACCGACCAAAUCCAAGGCGAAAUCUUCUCGUUCUAUCUGGGACGCUUGCUGAAUAUGAGCAACCUCGCGCCUAGUGCCGUGGUAACUGUGAAUGGUGAGACGGAGAAGUGGUCCAACGUGGUGCAAGACAUAACACAAGCGCAGUGGCAACAGCAGCGUCCGGUGGUGCUGACGCGUUGGCUGCCCAAUCUCGAGCCCGCCGGCAUACCGCAGCCAUUCCAACCGCUCGAUCGACAUUUGAACAAACACGAUGUAUGGAAUAUUACUCGGGCUUUGACAUCUGUCAAAGCGGCCACAGCGCCACAGCCUUUGGUGGCUGAAAGUUUGGUAACCAGUGGACGCGACUCGUAUGGUUCUGUCAAUAGCGUUCAAGCGCCGAGCCCACCGAUGUCUGCCUUCUCUGAUUCGUCCCUGGAUAUAUUCAUCACGCCAACCUCACUCGCUCUGGAGCGGCUGGUUGAGCUCGCUCAAUGGUCGGAUUUGAUUGUCUUCGACUAUUUGAUAGCGAACCUCGAUCGCGUUGUUAACAAUCUCUACAACUAUCAGUGGAAUGCGGAAAUUAUGGCCGCGCCUGCGCAUAAUUUGGCACGCCAAUCUAAUUCACAACUACUUAUCUUUCUCGACAACGAAUCCGGUUUGCUGCACGGCUAUAGACUGCUCAAGAAAUACGAGGCCUACCAUGGUCUGCUGCUGAACAAUUUGUGCGUAUUCCGUGAGCCCACCAUACGAGCACUGCAGCAACUGCGUGCGGCCGGUGCGGGACGCAAGCUACGGGAAUUGUUCGAGCAGACGGCGAGCGACGAAGUGCGGGAUGUGCUGCCAGCUUUGCCGGAUAAAUCAAUUAAGAUACUCAGCGAUCGCAUUGAUCGAGUGCUGGAGCAGGUGGAAAAAUGUAAGCAGCUGAUGGAUGAUAGAUAAUGAUUGAUAGUAAGCGAAAGGGAAUGUUGAAAGUUAGAAAAGUUAAAAAAAAAAAUAAAAAUAUUAUGGUUGAGGUGCUUUAUGUAAAAAUUGACUGUAAAAUAGGUGCGAUUUAGAGUUCAAUCAUGUAAAUAGGAAUUAUUGUGGGUAGUUAUGUAUAUAUUAUAGAAUCCAAAAGUAAUCGAGGCGCUCCCGAAAAGUCAUUGUAAAGUCAUAAUUUUUAAGUUUCUGUGAGUAAAGUAAUGGUAAUUUAACACGUAGUGCAUAGGUAGUCGAGACAAAAAGACUUAAGUAUGUCAUUCCCACUGAUAAGUGCUUAACAUUUGUUUUGGCUGAGGAUGUUCUGUACACAAAAAUAUGUAACUUUGCCGCCAAAAACACACAUACCUACAUACGUGUGUGUUAGGUAUGUAAAGGAGCAACUAAGAUAUACCUAUGGUAUACGAGAGUCAUGUGAUUCUGAUUUCAUUGUAUGUUACUUCACUAUCUCAAUUUAAUUUUGGAAUUCUGAAAUACAUUUCACUAAUCGAAAGAAAACCUCACAAAGUAAUAAGUUCCAAGAGUACUGAAAAAUCCUGAGCAUGAAGGAGAUAGAAUUAAAAAAAAAUAUGGGCAUUAUUCAAGCUUUCUAUCUUUCACAACCAACGCUUUUUUAUAAAAAAAAUGUUAUGAUCACAUUCUAAACUAUAUUUUUUGUUAUAAGACAAGCUUUACGCAGCGUGCUCUGAAACGCUGGUUGUGCAAAUCAUUUAAUAAUCCAACUUAAAGGGUCUUAAUGGCAUUGUAUUCUACUCAUGUUUCAGGCAUGAGACAAAUCCCGGUCGCUCUAAAGCCGCGGACUUCUACAUUGAAAGAAGAUUUUACCAAACCUAUCUCCAGAUGUCUCUUAAACCGUCCCGAUCUUUGGCGCUCGUUAGAAAUUUGAAGCGCAUUUUUGGGCUUGCGAUAUGCUCGAUCAAGAAAAUUGAUUUUACAAAACCGAAACCCAAAUUCGGGUCCAUAUGGCCAAUAUCUCUGUGGCGACUCGCAUUCCCCUACAGAAUUGUCACGUUCCGUGUUCAUCGUAUAUUAAGCUCGGGUCCCAGAUAUAUGGAUGAUGUGCUAAGAAAGAUAUUGCCCGUUUCUUCUACUUUUUUGAGCAUAAAGCGAGUUAUUCAUGGCCGUCUGAAAUGUCUAGAUCUCGGAUUGAUAAUUUAUAUACACAUGAAGCUGCUAUAUUCAUUGCAUUGAUCUCAACCUGAAACAUACCGAAGUCGUAUCGAUGUUUUCAAGCAAUUCUCAAUGAAGGUGGAUUUUUCACGUGAUGUUCUUCUGCCCUUUUGCGAUAACCAUAAGUCACUUCUUCUACUAGACGACCUUAACUUCGAUGCACUCAGAAAUAAAAUAUUUUUCACUCACAUUUUUGUUAGGCUUUUGGUCGAGCUUCGCUUCCAACUAGUGGUGUGCGUCGUCUUGAUGUUUAAACACCGCCUUCGAACAGAACAUGGUUUUUUAUUUAGAAGCUUUCUCAUGGCAGGAAUAUGCUCGGAGGUUUGCCUUUGAUUGCCGAUUGGUGACCGCUGCUUAGAUAAAAUCCUUUUAUAUAUAUAUAUAUAUAUUUUUGUUGUAAUCCUAUAGCUGUUAUAAACUGACAUGCCCCGAAUUUGAGCCAAAUCGAACCAUAAGUAAAAACUUUCAUAUACACUUGUCGGUUUUAUUUUUUGAAAAAAAUAUUUCUUAUAAAUCUGCUAUGUAGUUUACUAUCAAAAUUCGUCUUAGUUAUGAUGUUGUUUUCAUGCAAUAAAAAAAACGUAUUUUAUAUUUUUAAUUUUUUGUCGAUCCAGUUGAUACAGUACGGUUAUAUGUAUAAAAUGAUACCAUGUUAUAUAUUUCUAAAAGAUUUAAAUCUGAAUUCUAUUCCAAAGAAAAAAAAGUUUCUCUAAAAAAUACAAAUACUAGUAACAAGAACAAAAGUUUCCUAUUAUAUAUAUUUAUUCUUCUAAGUCAGAUAUUCUCUGUAUCUUCUUGCCAUGGUGUUUUUGCAGGGACCGUAACAGUUAUAACUUUUAUUAAAAAAAUUGCUCUUUAACAAUUGUUUUUUAACUU